ACAAGGAAAUCGUGCAGGACAGCGGGUUCUCCAACAGCAGGGUGGGAACCUGUGCUCUAGAGUAAAGAAGGAAAAAUGCACAGGGUGUGAUCACAUAAAGCUGCAAGUGUUUAAAGUUGUUCACAUUCUUGAAAUAUAGUGUUCAGGUGCCAUGCAUAUAUUUAACUGAACAACUAAACAUUUUUAGACACGUUUAUGCCUCAUCAGAACGUCUUUCAGUUACAUGUCUAAACUAUUCCCAUCCGGAAACUGAAAAACACAAGGUAGGUUUGUGAACCGCAGCAUUUCCGCGUGCACGCCAGGGCAGUCAGGUGACUGUCAGGCACAUGACUCUAGCGGUUCUCCCCGCAUCUUUGGCCUCAUUUGAAAACGGACAGCGGCCUCAGCAAAUGACAGCGCACCUGCUCACCCGAUUGUCCAAUAAGCAAGCAGGAGGGGCGGGUCUAAAGUAAUGCUUUCGCCUCAGAGAAACAUUGGGGAAGACGAGGGGAUCUAAACGACUUUGUUCUCUAUUAAUAGACCGGGAGGCAUUUUCUAAGUGUUCAUGCUGUACCGUAUGUGUGCUAGAUGUACGACAGGCGUGUGUUAAAGCACACGAGUGUAGAGUAAAGGGGUGGGGGAUUUUUCGGGGAAGAAAGCGUCGUUUGGGUCAAGAUGUCGAUUCAGUACGAAGCGCUGGCGGAUAGCUACGGGGUGGCUGACUCGUUCCCCAAAGAUUUCGGCUAUGGAGAAGAAGAGGCAGACAUGGAGGACAGUCCAGCACCCUCGGACAGCAAGCCGAGGAUACUGCUGAUGGGCUUGCGAAGGAGCGGGAAGUCCUCCAUUCAGAAGGUCGUGUUUCACAAGAUGUCCCCCAACGAGACCCUUUUUCUGGAGAGCACGAAUAAAAUCUACAAGGAUGAUAUCUCCAGCAGCUCUUUUGUCAACUUUCAGAUCUGGGACUUUCCUGGUCAAGUCGACUUUUUUGACCCGACCUUUGAUUAUGAGAUGAUCUUCAGAGGAACUGGCGCAUUGAUAUUUGUCAUUGAUGCACAGGAUGACUACAUGGAGGCUCUUGGCAGACUCCACUUAACGGUAUCUCGAGCCUAUCGCGUCAACCCUGAAAUCAACUUUGAAGUGUUCAUCCAUAAAGUUGACGGCCUAUCCGACGACCACAAAAUUGAGACACAGAGGGAUAUCCACCAGAGGGCUAAUGAUGACCUGGCUGAUGCCAGCUUGGAGAAACUGCAUCUUAGCUUCUACUUGACAAGUAUCUAUGACCACUCUAUAUUUGAGGCGUUCAGUAAAGUGGUUCAGAAGCUCAUCCCCCAGCUGCCCACCCUGGAGAACCUUCUCAACAUUUUUAUUUCUAAUUCAGGGAUUGAAAAGGCUUUCCUGUUUGACGUGGUUAGUAAGAUCUACAUAGCCACAGACAGUUCACCAGUGGACAUGCAGUCCUACGAGCUGUGCUGUGACAUGAUCGACGUGGUCAUUGACGUGUCGUGCAUUUAUGGAUUAAAGGAAGAUGGCAGUGGAAGUGCAUAUGACAAGGAGUCAAUGGCGAUCAUUAAACUCAAUAACACCACUGUCCUCUACCUGAAAGAAGUCACAAAGUUUCUUGCGCUCGUCUGCAUUCUUAGAGAAGAGAGUUUCGAGCGCAAAGGCUUAAUAGACUACAAUUUCCACUGUUUCCGGAAAGCGAUUCAUGAAGUGUUUGAGGUUGGUCUGUCCACACCGAGGAUGGGAGCCCAGGCAGCUGGAACGCCCUGCUUGAUGAAGACAGUGGCACUGAAUGGCACCCCCAGGAGCACCGUGUAGAGAAUGCAUAGAUGUGAGGAGGAAAAGAAUAGAGAGGAAGAGGGAGUCAGUAGAAAAAGACAAAUAGACAAUAAAUGGGAGGCACACUGCCAUGCCAACCAUUCUGCCUGCUCCCAAAAUGCCUUACACGCAGAGCAAAGGACUCUAAAGCCUCUGAAAGAAAACACAGAGCAGCGGGGUGGACGCUUGCAGCAUAACGGGGUAAGCAAUAGGACAGAAGGGAAGAUGCACAGAGAGACGUUCUUUUUGUGUUAUGAAGUGGCAUUAACAAACUGGUUCAAAUUUAUUAAUACUAGACCGCAUUCAAAUGACAUGAAAUGCAAGACGAGAGGAAUGCAGUGUGGACCCUCUUUGCACAAAGCCUUUACACACUGACCGCUACCUGAGCAACAGAAGCUGAAUGAACCCCCUGUACUGUUCUACUCCUGGCCUCAUGAGCUGAUUCUACAAAGCAUCCAAUUUAAUUCCGUGGCAGAAAACGUGAUGGUACUUGCUGUUGGGCACUGAUUUGGAGAGCCCUAGCUGGCUGUAUGUACACAGCAAUGCUUAUGGAGACUUGCCUGAUGCAAGAACCUGCUUACAACAUUUACUUAAUCCUAUUUCCUAAGCUGUUGAUUAUUUUCUAAUGGUUUUCCAGGGAGCGUGAAAAGGGAUAAGUGCAUUGUAGCCUGUUUGCGUGUGACGAAGGAGGUGCGUGCGUGUGUAUUUAUGUAUGUGCGUUCCUUUCCUGCCUGUUGAGGCUCACAGAUGUGGUGACCUCACACACAGGGCUGCACAGUUGUAACAAAACAAUAAUUGUAUUUUUUUAAAAAGUAAUAAUUAAUUAAAAAUAAACUGUUGCGAUUGUCUUUGGUGAAACUCUGAUGCUUUGUUGGAGAACAGUGAUUGAGCUUUCACAGAGCACCCAUAAAAUGCAUACUGCUCUCCAUGAACUUCUAAUAGCCAGCUGUAUUCUAAUCAAAGUGGAAUCACCGUCUUUUGUGUUGAAACGAGUUGCAACACUAUUAUCUUUAUUGUCAUUAUUGUUAUUUGGUUUAGCUGUGCAGCCCUCAUCUCUCACUCAAUGUUACAAAAACAGGGAAACAAUUGUACAGUUAAGCGGUAGGACACUGUGAUCGCACUCACUUUUGUUUAAUUGCUCGGUCUCAAGAGACACGGCACAUCUCCUCACUCGGCGGUGGUUUCAAUCAGAAUGAAUAUUUGAAUGAACUACAUUCCGGUUGUUUGGUGUCAGUAUCUUCUAUCACUGACUUAUUCACUUUCAUUCUCACUUUUAAAAGAAUUACCAGUAUUUGGCAUAAGAGAAUUAAAUCACAUGGUUCCACGUUAUAGCCGAUUCUGUCACGCUCAUUCCAGGCAUGUCUGCUGACUCCAUGUAACAGUUUUAGCUGAGUUGUAAGGGGGACGUGCGCUAACCCAAUAUAAACAAAAUCAAAGAAGGAACAACCAAAUCUCUCAUUCUAAUCUUACUAGAGAAUUUCUCUAGACCUCUUGUGAUUUCUUGCUUUUCAGAUUGCAUAUGAGAUUAUAUCUGGCUUAUGUUCUGCUAAAAAUGUUACCAUUCACAAGAAAUAAAACAUGCACUGAAGUCA